AUGGGUGAACCUGCUUCUGCCUUGAAUGGCAGCAUCGACAUUGAAACGUCGACUCCAACCUUGGAUGUCGAGUGGGAUGCCGGCAGUCAGUUUCUGAUGAACCAUUCCGUCAAGAACUUUUCCUGGAGUGGUCUUACUGUCACCGUGAAGGAUCGCCAGACGAAGAAGGCCAGGGAUUUGAUUAAUGACAUUAGUGGAGAUGUCCAACAGGGGGAGCUCGUGGCUUUAAUGGGCCCUUCGGGCUGUGGAAAGACAACCCUGCUCAAUGUGCUUGCUCGACGGCCGGCUGCAUCUGGUGCCAAAGUGCUGGGUGAGAGCUAUGUCAAUGGUACCAAGGUGGACGUUGGCUCGUUUGGUCGCAUGACAUCCUACGUCGAGCAGGAAGAUGCUUUAAUUGGAUCAUUGACUGUUCGUGAGACGUUGAAAUUUGCAGCAGAUCUAUCGCUACCCAGCUCGGUUAGCAAGCGCCAGCGCAUCGAUCGUAUAAAGACACUUUUGGAGGCCUUCGGUAUCCAAAAUCAGGCAAACACACUGGUUGGGACCCCGAUCCGCAAGGGUAUCAGUGGUGGCCAGAAGCGACGUGUCAGUGUAGCCAGCCAACUCAUCACCUGCCCCAAGAUCCUGUUCCUGGAUGAGCCGACCAGUGGUCUGGACUCGACAGCCAGUUAUGAGGUGAUGUCGUAUGUGAAAGAGCUAGCACGGGCCAAUAAUAUAAUCAUUAUUGCGAGUAUCCACCAACCAUCGACGACAACCUUCCAGCUAUUCGACAAGCUUCUCCUCCUAUCCGGUGGACGGACAUGUUAUUUCGGUCCAAUCAACAAUAUUGAAAGCUACUUUGGAAAUAUCGGUCACCCGGUUCCCGCGCACACCAACCCUGCCGAGUUCCUCCUCGACAUUGUCAGCUCAGACUUUGGCGGCGCGAAGGGGCAGGCACAAGAACGGGUUCAUCAGAUUCAACAUGCAUGGACAGAAUCCGCAGAGUCCAGCACGAUUACGAGAGAAGUUUCUGAACGGGCUCGUGAGUCGGAGAAAGCGGCGAGAAUUUUGUCUGCCGAGGACAUGGCUCGCCCGGGACCAAUCACUAUUACCACUGCGCUGUUGCAUCGCUCGUUUAUUAAGAGCUACCGCGAUGUCGUCGCCUAUGGAAUUCGGAUUGUUAUGUAUCUUGGUCUUGCCAUCAUGAUGGGUACGGUAUGGCUCCGCUUGCACCCAGCCCAGGACUAUAUUCAACCUUUUGUCAAUGCCAUUUUCUUUGGAUCAGCUUUCAUGUCCUUCAUGGCCGUUGCCUACGUGCCCGCCUACCUCGAAGACAGGGCAACCUUUGCAAAAGAGCGUGCAAACGGCCUCUACGGAGCCACACCCUUCAUAGUCUCCAAUUUUCUCAUUGGUCUCCCAUUCCUCUUCCUAAUCUCUAUGCUCUUCUCGAUUGUCUCCUACUGGCUCUCCAACUUCCGCCCCGACGGAUCCGCGUUUAUGAUCUGGGUGAUGUGGAUAUUCCUCGAUCUCGUUGCGGCUGAAAGUCUCGUCGUAUUCGUUACAUCCAUCUUCCCCAAUUUUGUCAUCUCGCUCGCACUCGUGGCCUUUGCAAAUGGAUUGUGGAUGAGCGUGGGCGGGUUCCUGGUUACACCGACGAUCCUGAAUCCGUUCUGGAAAUACGUCUUCCACUAUAUUGAUUACCAGUCAUAUGUCUUCCAGGGAAUGAUGGUGAAUGAAUUCUCGCAACGCAACUAUUCAUGCGGACAGGGCUGCCACUGUAUGUAUAAUUCAGAUCUGGCCUCUCAAUGCCAGAUUCGUGGCACGGCCGUGCUUGAGCAAUAUGGGUAUGCGACUGGAAGGACCAGCAAAUGGGUGGGAAUUCUCAUUGGGAUUAUUGCGGUGUAUCGAUUGUUUGGGUGGAUUGCGCUUCAACUGCGUCGGACUUGA